GAAACGGCCGUCCAGUGCUUCCAGGUUUUCCAUAGUGGUCUAGCUUCAACUGACUCAUGAUCUUAACCAUUGAAAUUAUCAUUGUAGUUAUAUUAGUUUUAACAGUAAAUUUUGAUGUUGUUAUUGAGUAUCAGGUAGUUGCUGGAAAUCGUGUGACUUGUUCCAUAUAAUUAGUUAAAUAUUUAGCAACCGUAGUGCUUUUUGAAAAGAAUCCGCGCUUCUUGUUAGUGUCUUCCAUGUGAAUAGUGUGCAUUUGACAAUGCCAAGGACUGGGUUAUAGAAAGAUAUGCUAGUACACUUCAUUUUAUCAGGUUUGUGGUUUUCCUGAGAUUUACAAACGGGCUUUCAAUAAUUUUAAUGUGCAUUAUCUGUCAGGUAUGUACCCAGUGCUAAUAAUCUAUUGACCAAUUAGGAGGGUGCUCAUUCUUGAUUAGGCCAUCAUUUCUGAAUUAUCAUAAAUCUGUUUAGAUAAAAGGACGGGUUAUUGGUUGUGAGUCGCAUGCCGAAUAGGUUAAAAAAGAAUCAUUUCCUAUGAGAACUAGAAAGGCAGACAUGAAGUUUGUGUGUUAAUUUUUAUUGAUGAUAGGUGUGAUGUAUGUAUUCUUUGUGGAUUACGUUGUUGAUUUCUGCCAGUAGUUUGUGAUACAGUUCACAAGAACGAAACGGUGUUAUCUAUCAAAGCAGUUUACUGGUGGCUUAAGGAAACAAAUAGCUUAUGCCACAUUCAGAGCUUGAAAAAACCACCAGAUGAUUAAUAACCUACAGAAAUUAAUCAUACGUUCUAACUUGAGUACCCUCAUAAGCUCAGGAAUAUUGUUAUGAUAUUGUUAUGAUGUCACGUAAAAUGUAUGAGAAUAAAUACAGCAUUUACCACAGUUAUUUUACGAACCCUUCAGGCAUUACUGCAGGCUAUUCAUCCAUAACGUACAACUCAACAGGGAUGUGUGUUGAUCCAAGUUGCAAUACAUCGGUACUGCAAGGAUUUAUUGAAAAAGAUAGUACCAAACUGGGUUUUACAUAAAACAAGCGCUUACUCCACUCUUAAAUCAUUUAGGGUCUGUUAUUUAAGUAUGUCGACUAAUCACUGUGACUUACAUCACAAUUACUCCUAUUAUACGUCAUAUCUGAAGACGAAUCCAUUGACAGGAUCAGUUGCUUAGUUUCAAAGGAUUAUAAAAGUUAUGGUUAAGUUCAUUUAUAAGUUAAGAGACUGGAAAGCAGGUUAACAUCUACCCGCACUAGCUCAUUAUAUUUGUUCACUGUAAUCUUAGCUGAACAAAGCUUUCAGUACCCUUCAUUUUAACUGCUCUACAAUCGCGUUUUUGUUUAGUUUUGUUUCAGAUUGUAGUCGUCCUGUUUUGUGCUCUUAAUUUGUGUUUCUUUCAAAAACACCCUUUUGGAAAUAUUACUUUUUGUCUUGGUGAUUAUUGAAAAAAUCACGAACAAAAUAAAGGAGGGAAUUAUUGUAACGCUAAAAACGGCAGGAGAAUUUAGAUAUCUUUUUUUAAUCGGAAAAGUGUCAGUUUGAUCCACGAUAACUGCUCAGUUCGGUUAACUGUCAGUGCAGUUGAAGCCUAACUUUAUCUGGUCGGGACAUUCAUUCAUACGACCACUCUAGCCAGCUGAUCAGUUUGUACUUUACGGCGCUUCAAUCCUGAAAAUGGCCGGCGAAGACAGUAAGACACUUGUAAAUAAAGAAUUUCUUACAGGCGUUGUUGAAGGGUUUUAUGGUCGACCUUGGACAUAUCCUCAACGGAAAGAACUGUUUCGGAGAAUGAAUCAAAUGGGAAUGAAUGCUUAUCUAUAUGCUCCUAAGGAUGAUAUAAAACACAGACAGUCAUGGAGGGAUUUGUACACUCCAGAGGAAGAGCAGCAACUUCAGUUUUUGAUCACUGAGUCCACUGAAGCUGGAGUACUUUUUAUUUUUGCUAUAUCACCGGGCUUAGAUGUAACUUUCUCUAGUGCUAAAGAAGUAGAUAUUUUAAAGAAAAAAGUUGAUCAGGUUUCAAAACUUGGUUGUCGUGCAUUUGCCCUUCUUUUUGAUGAUAUUGAACCGCGCCUAUGUCCUGCAGAUCGAGAGGUAUUUAACUCAUCAGCUCGUGCUCAGGUUAUGUUCGCGAAUGAAAUUUACAAUCAUUUAGGAUGUCCAGAUGUCUUUUUAUUCUGUCCAACGGAGUACAGUGCAAGUUUAGCAGUACCUAAUAUUAAUAAAUCAGAAUAUCUAGCGACAGUAGCUUCCUGUCUAGCACCAGGUAUUGCUGUAAUCUGGACUGGUCCGCUUGUAGUAUCUAAACGAAUUUUAACUAAGGAGCUGAAGGAACUAUCUACUUUACUACAACAUCCUAUCGUUUUAUGGGACAAUCUACAUGCCAAUGAUUAUGACCAGCGUCGCGUAUUUAUAGGACCAUACAGUGGUCGACCCCUAGCUUUACGUCGCAAAGGCUUGCUUAGAGGAGUGCUGACCAAUCCGAAUUGUGAAUUUGAAGCAAACUAUGUGGCGUUUCAUACUCUUGCACAAUGGUCGAGACAAGCUGGUAGCAAACAUAUAAUACAAUCAACUGAUACAGAAAUGCUAUGUACAAGUGAGGAUUUUGAAUCUAAUGCUUCUGAUGAUAACGAAGUGAUUGAUGAUUGUAUCGAUGAUCAAAAGUCAGGUGAUAUUAAUGAACACCCGCCUGUCUGCCAGGAUGACUGUGUAAAUAAAAAACGGCAAUAUGCAUCUGUUUACAGACCUCGUGAGGCUCUCCGUAUAGCUUUGCGAGACUGGCUUGCAUUAAUGCUUCAGGUCGGUGCUUCAAAACCCAGCACGGCUAUAGGUACUCCUACACCUAUGGAUACAGAUAAUCUUGAAACUGGUCAAAACGAAGCUCCCAUGCAGGUUGAAUCCACUCCUUCCAAUGUGGUCAUGACUUCUGACAAUAAUUCUUCUGAAACACCAAUUUCAGGUGAUGUAAAUUCAGUUGCUGUUACCUUAGAGGAUUUGGAAAUGUUUGCUGAUCUUUUCUAUUUACCUUUCUCUCAUGGACCCUCAGCUAUUCGUCUACUAGAAUUAGGACAUUGGUUACGCGAAUAUUCGUAUGUUUGUGGACCUAACCCAUCUGAUCUUGAGAAAGCAACGGAAUGGAACAAAAAGUUAUCAGAUUAUAUAGAUAUGGUUUCUACAAUUGGUCGAAUACGAGAUCGUAUACAACGUUUACCAUCUAAGAGCAUCUCCUAUGAACUAGUACCAUAUAUAACUGAAGUUCAUAGUGUGGUUGGAAUUAUCCUGGAUUAUUUCCGAUGGUUAGAAACUGGAGUCAUGGCUUUUCGUAGCAUGUCUCAUUUAAAGCGGCUUUUAACAUGGUUUUCUCCUGGUUACCGUGAUAUGGUAACAUCUGGUGAUCAGGAACCAUGGACAUUUCGUGGUGGAUUGAUAACAGAACUUCAAAGAAUUUUACCGCUCGAAUCUGCUCAAGAUCUUUUCCCUGCACCAAGUCGUGCUGUGCCAGGCAUGACUACCAUUCCUUGUUUGAAUUGGCCUGAUAAUGCAUCAAGUGUAUACACACCACUUGCGCCCUCUGUUCCCCCAAUGAUCCCAAUUCAACCUUCAAUUUUCCCAAAUUUUUCAAGGUUUCCAUCAUAUAUAGUUCGACCAUAUAGACCUGAAGAUAAAUCAUGCAUGUAUGACUUAUUCAGAAAACUAAUUUUGACUCGUGUUGGUUUACCUGAAAACGCUCUUCCAUUAGAAUUCCAGGAUUUACCAGGUGACAAGUACUUACUUCCAUUCCUACAACAUUCACCUGAAAGUUGUUUUAUGGUUAUGGGUCCACCCUUCCUGCAGACCUCAGUUGAUUGCUCUAGUUCAGUCACAAAUACUGAUCAUUCCACCACAGGUAAUUGUGUUGGCUUUGGUGUUUCAGCACCGGAUGCUGUAUGUUGGGCUCGUGAACGUACUACUCACUAUCGAGAGUCAAUGAAAUUAAAAUAUCCACGUGAUUUCCAAAUUGGACUACACAAUUUAUCGCAUUGUAGCAAAUUAGUCGUUGGAAAUGGUGAGACCAACAACUCUAACUUGAAUGUUGUGACUGCAACUGAUACUGCUCGAUUGGAACCUCCUGUAAUUUCAUCUGCCCCACUUUCCCCUUUAACAGAUGAUCGUUCUUCAAGCAUUAUUCUAAAUCAAAAUUCUGUGGCUGUCGAAGAAUUCAUCAAGUCUAUGAUUUCUUCUUUCCACAAUGAUACAUCUGAAGUUGUUGAUAUUGCUGCAGCUGUGAAUUUACUGCCUCCUCCUGAACCACUUGGUGGAUGCCUUCCCAUGGAGCCACCACUAUCUGGUUGUUUGGAACAAUGUGAACCUAAUUGUACGACUGCUCCAAUUACUUCUAAUAUUCCUACUAAUUUGUCAUCUCAAUUAGAAUUAAAAUCUUUUCCUAUUGAUGAAUGUGGUACAACUAUCCCAGCUUUACCUUUGCCUACACCUAUUUUACCAGAUACCGCCCCUCCAUCUCCACCGUCUGGAACUACUUGUGCACCAUCAUUAGUGCCUGAGACAUGUUCAAGUAGUCCUGCAACAACAAAUUCAGUGAUAGCUCGAAAUCUUAUUGUUGCUGGUGGACCAGAAGCACUUCACAGUGCUUUAACAGCUCAUCCCGCUAUUAUAUGGAUUGAAUUUGAUGAUAUAGGACUAAAUAGUUGUGUUAAUGGUCCUACACCUGCUAUGCUUAUUAAUCAUAAUCUUGGAUUGUGUGCAGAUUCACCUGAAGUGUUGUUGGAUUCUGUAGCACGUCGAUUGUUUAUUUGUUUGUUAGCGGCAUUGAAGACAGUUGGAGCUCAUGCAAGUUCAUAAAUGAUAAUUUGUUAUUAUAAAAUAUGAUUAAUAAAUUUCAUUAUUGUUUCUUUUGAUAAUAGUUUUCUUAAAUAAGUAUAAAUUUCGGAGAUAUAUAAACAGUAUAAUUUUGUAAGAUAACAUCACUAUUUUAUUUCAACUUGAUCGAUAAAAUUCAUUUGGUCUUAAAAGAUGCUCGACAAAUAUGACAGUGGUCUCAACUCAGUGAUUAAUCACUUGUAAAUAAUCUUUAACUUAAAUAUUUAUGUAAGAAAUAAACUAGAUUAAAUUGAAUUUAUUCAAAUCUACAUUUAACAAAUGCUUAGAAGUAAUUAUCAAAGAUUAUUUAAAACUUGAAUAUAUAAUGCUCUUGUACAUUUUGAUUACUGUAUUAUUAGCUGAGAAUUCUAUAACACAGAAUUACUUUUCAAAUUUUCAACUGUGAACCAAUCAAUCAGGAUUGUGACUAAAGUUUUACUAGUAUAUCAUGUGAAUGAAUUGAUAAUCUUUUAACUAAAUUAUCAAUGCUUAUGCUUAUAUCAUCACAUUGGUUACUUUCAAAAAGCCAAUUCAUGUAAACUGCAAAUAUUUAUAUUUCUUAAAUUGGAAUCAAAAAGUUAUGUUUAUUUUGUAGAUUCAUUAUUCAUGUCAUAUUUUCCGUUAGUUUAUGAAGUUCGAUUUUUUUUCUAAAUUAUAUUGGUUGAUAAUAAUGGAUUACUUUACUUAGUUUUAACCCGACAACAAUAUUAUCGAAAUAUAUACAUAUAUAUUUAAUGGAGCCUAUAUUAUCGAGAAAAAUUAGUUGAACCAAUCUAAUGUACAAACAAAAACCAUUAAAUAACAAGAAAAUGUAGUUUUUGCAAUUCAAUAACAAUGAAUAAUACACUUGAUAUGAAAGAUAUAAUAUUGUACCUUGUGUUGGCCACUGGUAAUUACUUGAAUGCAUCUAUGUCUAGUUGAUGAGUCUUUAUAUGAGACAAAACCCACAUCAAUAAUCAGUAUGUAAUAAAAAACUUUUUUAUUUCGUUAUUUCAUUCAAGUUCUGUUAGUGCUAUUAUAAUGAGGGUUUUAGUUUUUAAACUUUGUAUUUAUCGUAUUUCUAUUUUACUUCAGGGAGCACAUGUACAGUUGGAUACUAUCAAUGAACAUCGGGCAGAACUUUAUCGACGUUUUGGUUUUUAUCCUGUCCCAGCAGCUUCAAAUGAACAAACAACUGUUUUAGCUCGUUUAAUCUGAUGAAAAUCCUAUUCCUCUUCCUGUCAUAUAAUCUAUGACAUAGUUUUCUUGUGUGAAUUGUGCAAUUAUCAAUGUUGAUCAUGAUGAUAUUGCUUAAAUUACGUUCCUGUUCUAAAUCCAUAUUAUUAAAUGUUAUCACUGUAGAUUAUCAAUUCACACACAUACAUAUAGUUGUUUGUUUGUAUGAAUAAUCCAAAGACUAUUCUGCACGUUAAUGAAUCUUGUUUUGAUUUGUACGUGCAUCUCUGUUUGUAUGUAUGUUUGAAAUAGAAAUAUAAGUUUAUUAUGUUUAUUUAGACAAGUGAAUCUAAUUUGCCCUCUUGCCCUAAUCCAUAAUCUAAUUCGUUUCUAAUAUCCUUUGGUUAAACAUUAAAAGCACAAAAGUUAAAAAAAAAAGAAACGCGUAUAGUUGGGUUCUUUUUCAGUGAACGUGCUUAUAUACAUACAGAUAGCUCAGUUAAUUGAUAACUUUUUUACCAUUUCUUCCAUUGUCCUGUAAUGUUGUUACAUCAUAACGUUUAUAAGUAUAUUUAUGCAAACAGUAAAGUUGAAAGUGAUCUCUUAUAAAUUAAAACUACAAAUUUCUUUUGAUCUCUUUCAGCGUAUAUACAUACAUAAAUACAUGUAGUCUUUUAUUUUUAAUUGUUAUUUGUGCCGAUAUUAAUGUUGCUUCCUUUGCAGGAAGCUAAUUUUAAUAUAAAUUGGAUGAAAAUAUAAUUUGUUAACCUUUUU